GGCGUCAGUAGCAGGCAGUGAGAUGUAUAAAUACAGGGAUCCCACAUAACUCAUCACUCACUUACAGACACAUCACAGAAAAUGGCAGCAAGCACGGAAAAACGCCUCAUAGGCUCAUGGGGGAACUGGAGUCUGUCCCAGCAGCUACUAGAGGAGAAUCUAAAACAGAGCCCUGUGAAACAUCCAGAAAAAUGUUCUCCGGUUGUCAUGGACAAUGGUGCAGCCAACUUCAUCCAGCAGGCCAUGGCGAUUAUUUUAGAGGAUGGAGUUAAAAAGGCAACUGAUGUCAGAGAAAAGGUUUGUGAGUGGCGGUCUCCUGAGCAGCUGAAAAUGCUGCUGGAUCUGGAACUGAGAGAUGAAGGAGAGUCUGAGCCUGAGGUCCUACAGCGAUGCAGAGAUGCCAUCAAAUACAGCGUCAAGACCGGCCAUCCUAGGUUCUUCAACCAGCUGUAUGCUGGGAUGGAGCCCAACUCCAUGGUGGCGAGCUUCAUCACGGAGGCCAUCAAAACAAGUCUGUAUACGUAUGAAGUGGCUCCGGUCUUCACCCUGAUAGAGGAUGUUGUGCUGAGGAAGAUGAUAGAGAUUAUUGGAUGGGAAGAAGGAGGAGAUGGCAUCUUCAAUGCAGGUGGCUCAAUGUCCAACAUGUAUGCUGUGAACUUGGCCAGGUACCAUCAUUAUCCCAACAUCAAAGAGCUCGGUCACUCUGCAGCUCCUCGACUGGUCAUCUUCACGUCACAGGAGGGUCAUUACUCCAUUUCCAAAUCAGCAGCUUUACUGGGAAUCGGUACAAAGAAUGUUCUGGUGGUGCCGUCUGAUAAGAGUGGAAAGAUGAUCCCUUCUGUUCUUGAGGAGAAAAUCCAGUCAGCAAAAAGUGAGGGUGCAGUUCCCUUCAUAGUAAACGCGACAGCAGGAACCACAGUACUUGGAGCUUUUGAUCCCAUCGAGGAUAUUGCAGACAUAUGUGAGAAGCACAACAUGUGGCUUCAUGUGGACGCGUGUUGGGGAGGAGCAGCUCUCGUGUCUAAGAAGCAUAGACAUUUGUUAAAGGGGAUCCAGAGAGCCAACUCUGUUGCCUGGAACCCUCACAAGAUGCUGAUGGCAUGUCUGCAGUGCUCAGCUUUCCUGGUCAGAGACAAAACGAGUCUCCUGCAGCGCUGCCACUCUGCUCGGGCCUCCUACCUCUUCCAGCAGGAUAAGUUCUACGACACGAGCUAUGACACCGGGGACAAGUCGAUCCAGUGCAGCAGGAAGCCAGAUGCCUUCAAGUUCUGGCUCAUGUGGAAGGCUUUGGGAACCAGAGAACUGGAGCAGAGGGUGGACAGAGCCUUGGCCAUGGCCAGGUAUCUUGCUCAAGAAAUAAAACAAAGGGAAGGUUUCCGGCUGUUGAUGGAGCCUGAAUAUGCAAACAUUUGUUUCUGGUACAUCCCACCAAGUCUAAGAAAUCUUCCAGAUGGGCCUGAGUUCUGGAAAAAGCUGCAUGCUGUCGCCCCUGUUGUCAAAGAGCGCAUGAUGAAGGCUGGCAGCAUGAUGGUGGGCUACCAGCCUCAUGGGGACAAGUCCAACUUCUUCAGAAUGGUCAUCAUCAACCCUCAGGUCAGCCGGCAGGACAUGGUCUUUGUCCUGGAUGAGAUACACAACCUGGGGAAGGACUUGUGAGGAAUCAUAUGAGCAGCUUCAAGAAUAUGUGAUAAAGAUGAAAGAUUUCCUCCCCCAACCAUCAUUCCCUUUUUACUCUGUGGCAUUCUUAUGAUGUUAUUGAGUUUUUCUUUUUUAUUUGGUGGGGGUGAGGAGUUAAACUUUGGCUCUGAUUUACAGCAUAUGUGCUCAUAAUUUCCCAUCAUUCACUUGUCUUGAAUGACACACUGCACCUUAUUUGAAAUGUUUUAAAAUCUGUGAAAUGUACAAGUGGCUGCAUAUAUGACCAAGAGGAAAAACUGACCACAUAAUUCCUCUGAAAGUAUUUGUGGAUAAUAUUAGAGGAGAAUCUGAAAAUUGGGAAGUGAUUUGCAGAAUAUUUUGAGAAAGAUGUUUGCAAUGUGCAGUGAAACAUUCUGACACUGCAGUGAUUUAUCUCAAAAAAUGUAAAAAAAAAAACACAAAACAAAACUGAUUCAUAUUGUUUUUGUUGAAAUAUCUUUUUAUACCCCAUGAAUAAAA